AUGUGCCAAUUGACUGGUCUAGGACGGUUGGACCUAUCAGGAAACUAUUUAACAGGAGAUGUUAUGCAUUGUUGGAAGGAGUCAUAUAGCAAUUAUUCAGUGUUCAAGGCGAACAAUGGCAAUGAAAAUCAAUUUGGUUCUAGCAUGUAUAGUCUAGCCUUGAGCAACAAUGAUCUCUCAGGUGAAUUCCCUAAAUUUCUGCAGAGAGCCUCACAAUUGAAGUUCCUUGAUCUUUCAUACAAUAAGUUCUUUGGAGCAUUGCCAAAUUGGUUACCAGAGAAAAUGCGACAGUUGCAAAUCUUGAGGGUGAGAUCAAAUAUGUUCAAUGGCCAUAUUCCUAACAAUCUUACUUGCAUUGAAAGUCUCCGUUAUUUGGACAUAGCCCAAAACAACAUAUCAGGAACCAUACCAUUGUCGCUAUCAAAAUUGAGAGCAAUGAGAUACAUAUCUCAUAAUAGCGUAAACGACAAUGCUUAUGAGGAGCGCUUACUCAAAGAGGGCUUACUCAUAGAGGGCGCAAGUGUAUAUACGGGGCAAACUGUUUUGGAGGAGAGCAUACCAGUCAUCACAAAAGGCCAAACGCGUGACUAUACCUUUUACAUAUAUAGGUUAGUGGUGAAUCUUGAUUUGUCAUGUAACAGUUUAACAGGACAUAUUCCAGAGGAGAUAAGAUUGCUGAUUGGGCUCACCAAUUUGAACUUAUCAAGUAAUCAGUUGAUAGGCAAAAUCCCAAAUCAGAUUGGUGCUCUUAAGUUGUUGGAGUCCCUUGACCUAUCCUACAACAAAUUGUUUGGUGAAAUCCCACCUGGUUUGUCGGCUCUGACCUCUUUGAGCCACCUGAACCUGUCAUACAACAACUUAUCAGGCACGGUACCAUCCGGGCAACAGCUGCAGGUUCUCGACAACCUGAACUAUACCUACAUCGGCAACCCUGGUCUAUGUGGCUACCCUCUCUCAAAGAACUGCUCUGCUAGUCCUACUGAUGCGGAGCAAAGUGCUGACCAUGAAGAGGCAGAUCAUAUUUCAUAUCUCUACCUUGGGAUGGGCAUAGGAUUUGUGGUCGGCCUUUGGGUGGUGUUUUGCGCCAUGUUACUGAGGAGAACCUGGGCGGUUGCCUACUUUCAGGUCAUUGACAAGCUGUAUGAUGAGGUAUAUGUGCGGGUCGCUAUAGCUUGGUCUCGCCUGAUGAAGAAUACCCACGGCGACGAAGAAGCGUGA